ACUAGGGGGAGUAGUGGAAAGCCUGAAGGAGAGUUAUCAGCAAGCAAGACUAGGGUAGAAGAAGUGAGUGCCUGUAGUGUCUUAAGUUGUGUUCAAGACGGAAUAAACAAGUUAAAGACAACUGCUAAGAGUGACUCUACUUUUUGGACGUGAAGAUAUCACAUAUUGGCGACGAGGAUACUGGCUAGAAACGGGAAGCACUUGAUUCACAACGGAGGAAGGACCGGACGCACGUUGUCGGGCGGAUACACACGAGGCGGAGAGAUUACCAAAGGAGGUGAUUAGCGAGGCCGCAAUGAGCGCGACAUUCAGCACUCUGUCAGCAUUCGAUGCUAAUGAACAAACUUGGGAAGAAUACUGUGAGAUUCUUGAUCAGUUUUUUGAAGCAAAUGAUAGUGAUAAGCAGAGGGCUAUACUUAUUAGUGUGGUGGGACCAGCCACGUAUAAGCUAAUGAGAAACCUCGUGAGCCCGGACAAGCCCAGCUCUAAAACGUACAGUCAGUUGGUUACAAGGCUGAAAGAGCACUUUAAUCCAAAACCAAGUGAGAUUGUGCAAAGAUACAAGUUUGACUCUCGUUCCCGUAAACCUACUGAGUCCGUUAGUGCAUAUGUAGCAGAGCUCAGGCGCCUGGCUCAAGAUUGUAAUUUUGGUACUACGCUGGAACGGCGGCUGAGAGAUCGUCUCGUGUGCGGGAUUGAUAACGAUAGGAUUCAAAGACGUCUGCUGUCGGAGAGUGACCUGACAUUUGAAAAAGCAUUUCAGAUAGCUGUGGCCGAAGAAGCUGCAAACAGGAACGUUUCAGACUUGCAACAGUCGGCGGCGUGUCACAGCAUGGUGGCGAAGGGAAAGGAAAAGAGAGCAGAUUGGAAAAAUGGAGAGAGUGAGUGUUACCGAUGUCAUGGCACACGCCACAGUGCUGUCCAAUGUAGGUUUAAAGACGCCAAAUGUCACAUUUGUGGGAAAAUAGGACAUAUUGCCAGGGCAUGCAGGUCCAAAAAUAAAAAGAAAGAUGAGACCAGUCUUAAGGAAAGAGGAGCACGUCAAGGCGGGCGCCAAGGACGUCACACAAAUCACACAAGGUAUGUGAAAAACAAGAGGAUGACAAUAGUUCAGAUCAAGAUGAAGAAGCAUUCACUCUAGCAUGUUUGUCCACGGAAACAUCUAUCCAGAAAGUUGAGCCCUUCGAAGUAAAAGUGGAAGUUAACAGAAAAGAAGUGAAGUU